CUAUAGUGGCUUCGAUUUCAAACUCAAGAGUGCACCCUCACCAGCUGUUUGUUUCCCAUUUGGAGAGAAAUAAUGUGUGGAUGUCAUUUCGGACAUUUUGGCGCUCACGCGAAAUGACACAAAGUAACAAAGUCGGAGGGAAACAAAGUAGCCUCUCACUCGCUGCCUGUGGGUGGGAACCGGCUUAGGGCUGUCUGUCUGUCCAUCUGUCUGUCCCUCGCUCCAAUUGGAUAAGGCCACACCGGCCCGGUGGCCAAUCGUUGCCUCUUGUGGCGAGGUAUAUGUACGGCUCUCGAAGUGGCGAGCGGCUCAUUCAGACUUUCUGUGACUUUCUCAAGCUACCAAUAUGAGCGGAAGAGGCAAAACCGGAGGCAAGGCCAGGGCGAAGGCAAAGACCCGUUCAUCCCGUGCUGGCCUCCAGUUCCCCGUGGGCCGUGUGCACAGGCUGCUGCGCAAAGGCAACUACGCCGAGCGUGUGGGCGCUGGCGCACCAGUCUACCUGGCCGCCGUACUCGAGUACCUGACUGCUGAGAUCCUGGAGUUGGCCGGCAACGCUGCCCGUGACAACAAGAAGACUCGUAUCAUCCCCCGUCACCUACAACUGGCCGUCCGUAACGACGAGGAGCUGAACAAACUGCUCGGCGGUGUGACCAUCGCUCAGGGUGGUGUGCUGCCCAACAUCCAGGCAGUCCUACUCCCCAAGAAGACCGAGAAGGCAGUCAAAGCCAAGUAAAUUCGCUACUGCGACUUCAACUUGACUACUCAACCCCCAAAGGCUCUUUUAAGAGCCAACCACCUAGCUCUCCAAAAGCGCAAAGUACCUUUCUAUGACCGCAAUACAUUGAGUGGGUGUAUACACAACUAUUUCGACAUUCUGUGCCCACAUGAGGCCUUGCAUGAACAACAACACCUACUUGGCCUCAUUUGCCAUAGCAGGCUAGCAUUAGAUGAUACGUGCCUAUAAGCUGUCACUCUUGACUUUGGCGACUAUUAUUGCGCGUAAAGGGCCGGCGGCGUCCUAUUGCGCGCGCACCGGGAGUUUGAGUUUUGGAGAGGCCGGGCCUCCCGUCCAAUGGCCAACGGAGGAGGCCUGCGAAACGGGCCAAUCGGGGUGGUGGGGAGAUGGUGUCCAAUCAGCAGGCGCCACUGCCGGCUUUAUAAACUUCACAUA